AUGUCUGGAUUUUGCACAGAGCCUCCGGUGGGGAAGGUGACUCACAAGGUGGUGGACGACAGCCUGGAGGUCCUCAUCUGCCAGGCCUUUGGCUUCUACCCCAAGGAGAUCCAGACCACUUGGAUCAGGGAUGGAGAAGUCUGCCAGAAUGAGACCCUCCAUAGAAACGUGGCCCCCAACUCAGAUGGGACCUAUUAUGUCCGGCUCAGCAUUGAGAUUGACCCCAAGGAGAGGGACCGUUUUUGGUGUCACCUGGAGCAUCAGGGCUUGCAGGAGCCUCUGGUCUUGGCCUGGAAGGAGGAAACAGGUGAGAGGCUGAGCAGUUAUGACAUCUUGAUGAGAUGGGUGGCAUCUAUAUUUAUUAAAUAAAUAAAUAAAAAUGUGUAGGUUGUUCACUAACGUUGGUUGGUUUUCUGCUAUGUCAUCUAAAAUUUUCCAAAGGAAAGGAGGAAAUUUAGGACUCUGUUCAGUGGUGGUAAAGAAGUGAUUAUUGAGAGUGGAGUUGGAAGUGGAAACUUAA